CUGACAGUGAGAACUAGCGAACUCAAACAUAACAGUGGUCAUCUUGCUCAACAUCCUCAACAUUUGGCUUGGCAAAACAGCAGCUUUUCCAGGUCAAGAAUCAACGUGUCGGCAAGUUGGUCAGCAGCAGAACCAGCAUCAGCAGUAAUCAGCAGUGUCAAAGCGGCGGCAGCGGCGCCAUCAUGUGCGGGUGCGGCGGCAUCGGCGGGUGCGGCGCGUGCGGGUGAAACGGCGAGCCGGGCGGCGCGAAGCCCGGCCCCGGGAAGUGGCCCUGCUGCGGGCCCGCGAAGCCACCGCCGGAGCCGGGCCGCGCGGACGGGCUGCCGAAGGGGCCUGCGUACGGCGGCCCCGCGAACCCGGGCCCCGGGCCCGGUGUGGAGGGCGCCGGCGACGCGGCGAACGCGGGCCCCGCGGGCGAGCCUGCGGGCGCGGCGAACGUGCCGAAAGGCGCGUCGCCGCCGCCCUUCCAGCCGGCGCCCACGCCGCCCGCCUCGUCCAGCGCCGGCACGCGCCGCUGCAGGCCCACCGACAUCUGAUACGUAA